UUUGGCUAGCUUUCGUCAUCUUUAGUAAGUACAAGUUGGUAUAGUUCUACAAAGAUUCCCAACAAAAAGACUCUGAGUUCACCCAACUGGAGAACAUCAUUCUCAAGAACUAGAUGGACCAUCUGAAUGAACCCUCGAUGGAUUAUAUCAAGAAGGCAAGCCUCUUUGCUCAUAAGAAGGAAUACCUUGGAGUUGAGAGGAGAUGGAACUUUAGAAAUAUUAUUAACAAUAGAAAUCUAACAAAUUUAUUAUAAGCCGAGCAAUGAUAGAGAUUAUGAGAAAUAAAGACUAUUGCUAUGAUCCACAAAAGGCUAACUCUAUUGAUCUCCUAUUUUAGUGAUCGAUCAGUGUUCUGUGACCCUCUGGCAACAAAAGUUCUGAAAUGUUUUAGUUUUGUUUGGUUUGAGGAAUCUCUUUAUUUUUGCGUUAUUAGAAAUAUUUCAUUUUUAUACUUACAAGAAGAGUAAUAGAAAAUACAUAAAACUAUAAUUUUCCAUUUAUUAAAAGAAGCACGAAUACUUACUGUUUGGAUUCCAUUUAAAAAGAAAAAGAAUGAAUUCUGGCUUGAGCUUGGGUUCGAAUCCGACCAUUGUCUGCUUUUUGCAAAAUUAUUUAUUUCCUGUAAAAUCUGUUCAUUUACGCUAUAAUUGGAGGGAUGCUCUAAAUAUCAUUUUAAUAGCAAAAUAAGCCUUUGUUGAAUAACAAGAUUUAUAAUUUGCUUCUCUACGUUCCUCCAUAACACCAUAAUUAUUUGUACAUUCAAAUUUUAUCUUACCAAAAAUCUUCAUAACAAUCAUUUCUAAUCUAACAAAUUCUCAUAAAAAGGAAUUCUAAUGCAAGAGAAUUCUAAUAAAUUCAUCUGUACUGCUACGAACUUAGUGGAAGUUAAGGCCUAGCAUUUUAGUUAAGAUAUUCCGAUGCAAUUAGAUGCCCAUUCUAACCGCCCAAUAGUAAUGCCGAUGAAUGUUUAAGACUAAUGAUUCCUGUAGGAAUAUGUGCAUUUCUACAUUCUAUGAGAAUGGUUACACUUUGGGUAGAGAAAAUGUCCUCAUACAAUAAGCAAGAAUUUGGAUUUUAGAACACAAAUUUUUGACUUAUUGGUAUAGUUAGGUAAGAUGGCUGUUUGUGGUUUUAUGAGGUUCAUUUAUUUAUAUUGUAAAAAUGUUGGUAAUCAACAAGUAUAGAAUAUAUGACUGAACCAGAAAUAUAUUAUCAUAGCUAUCUUUGGGUGGAGAAUCAUUUUUGGGUUAAUGUGGUAAUUCGUUUUAGAUGAAAAUUUGCUAAGUGUUCCAAGUAUUUAGUCUCUUAGGAUCUAAUGAAAAGGAACUCCCUCGGUUAUGCAUGUCUUCAUUGACACUACAGAUAUAAUCAACCUAGAGCAAGCUAAGAGUAGAAUCAAGCUCCAGAAGAUCAUGUUCGCAAGCACCAGCCACGAGUUCAGGACUCCGUUAAAUACGAUAAUAAACUCGUUCAACUUUAUCGAGUCAAGCUUUGAAGACCUUAUUAAGAUCCUCACCAAGAAAUUACCUGAAGAUGUGUUUCAAAGUAGGAGAAUCGAUGAGAAUGUCAACAGCAUCUUCAAGUUUUCGAAAACUGGAGCCACAUCAUCCACCCUGUUGCUUGCUUUGGUGGAAGAUGUCCUGAAUCUUUCGAAGAUCGAUAAUGGAACAUUUGUGGUCAGUUAUGAAUUCUUCAGCAUCCCUGCCCUUUUGUGCGAUGUCCACUCUCUAUUCUCAAUGCAAUGAGAGCAGAGAAAAGUUGACUUGAUAACUGAAUGAAAUGAUGACCUCAAAUUCUGAGAAAUCAAAACUGACCGGAACAGAGUCAUGCAGGUCUUGCUCAACUUGGUUUCUACCUCGACCAAGUUUACUUUUAGUGGGUUCAUCAAAAUAAAGGCUGCUCUGACUAAAACUCUUGAUGGCCUGAAUUUCUUGAAACUUAGAGUUGAGGAUUCUGGGACUGGAAUUAAGAAAGAAGAUCAGCAAAAUUUAUUCAAACAGUUCGGGACGCUCGAAGAAAACAGAGACAUAAAUCCUAAUGGAUGUGGGCUUGGACUUACAAUCAGCAAAAAUUAUGUUGAGAGACUUGGAGGCGAAAUAAGAAUGAAGUCUGUUUACGGUAAAGAAACAGAUAUGGCAUUCACAGUUCUAGAUAGAUAUAUCAAAAACUUAAACUCUAUCGUUCCAGCUCCUUUACUAAUUUAUUAUCCUCCUUCAUCUGAACCUUUAAGAAACCAUAUGCUUCUAAAUUUCCAAGUAAACGAUAAGUAUUUUCCGUUCGAGGCAAAAAUUAACAAAUGAAAAAAUUUAUAA